GCCAACGGUCCGAUGUACAACAGUACAAAAGUUGCUUUUCAGAGUUAAGCAAUAAUUUGAGUGAGAGUUUUGACACAGGGAUUAAGGUAGUCAAAAGAGGUUGAGUUCAGAAUUAUGAAGGUUUGAUUUUAAGCAGAAAGGUUAAAGAAUCUGCAUCUCGUUGCUUGAAUUAUUUGAAGGGACUUGGUUAUUUUUGAACGCUGUGUCCAAGAAGUAAAUAUUGAAGUUGAAAAGGUAUCGAGCCUCCUGAAAGAUUUAAAGGACCACUGUAUUUGGUUUUUUUUCCUUUUGGACUGGUCUUAUUUUGACAAGAAGUAUGGAUCGCAUGGAGCUUAAGAGAGUUAAUACGGAGGCUGAUGACAGUAACAGUGAAUGUGGUAUGGAUGAUGACUGUACGAAACUGACAAAUUCAGAGAAGGCUACCAUCAGCAGUCAAUUCCAUGAUGAAGAAGAUAUCGAAACUCAAAGGUUUCUGACAAACGAAUUUUCAGGGAAAAUAAAAUUUGAAGAAUAUAAGGAAGAAUAUCACCCUGGAAUGACAUCAUUUGGUAUGUCAGCUUUUAACCUCAGCAAUGCUAUCAUGGGGAGCGGCAUUCUCGGUCUCUCCUACGCUUUGGCCAAUACUGGGAUUAUCCUGUUUGUGAUCUUGUUGGCUACAGUGGCUGUAUUGUCAUUGUAUUCUAUUCAUCUCUUACUAAAGACUGCAAAGGAAGGAGGCUCUUUGGUUUAUGAGAAAUUAGGAGAACGAGCCUUCGGGUGGCCUGGGAAAAUUGCAGCCUUUGGUUCUAUUUCGCUGCAAAAUAUUGGAGCUAUGUCAAGUUACCUCUUCAUAGUCAAGUAUGAACUACCCGAAGUAAUACGGUCAUUUAUGGGAAUUGAAGACAUCAAUGGAGUGUGGUAUACAAAUGGCAACUACCUUGUUGUACUUGUGUCGCUAUGUGUUAUUCUACCACUUACGUUUCUCAAGAACUUAGGGUACCUUGGAUACACAAGUGGAUUUUCGCUCUCUUGUAUGGUUUUCUUCAUAUGUGUUGUCAUAUAUAAGAAAUUUCAAAUUCCCUGCCCCUUGCUUCCACUGGACCAUCAUUCAGGAAACUUCACAACAUUGGUCAACACCACAGGGCACUCGUUAACAGAGUAUCCAGUGAUCCGUAACAUAACCACUCAUCACGACCUGAACCUUAUGAUGCCCUACGUUAAUGGACACACAGCAGCAGAAGAUGAAGAUUAUGCCCUCAUCCACACCAAUGGGGUCAGUUAUGAAGCCCAUCUUGAAGCUGAUAUGUGCAAACCAAAAUACCUGGUGUUCAACUCACAGACGGCGUACACCAUCCCCAUCCUUGCCUUUUCAUUUGUGUGUCAUCCUGAGGUACUUCCAAUCUACAGCGAACUUAAAGGUCGCUCUCAAAAGAAAAUGCAAUAUGUCUCCAAUGUGUCAAUUGCCGCGAUGUUCAUCAUGUAUCUACUGGCUGCUCUUUUUGGAUACCUGACCUUUUAUGGACAAGUUGAAACGGAGUUGCUUCAUACUUUUACAAAAGUAUAUAAUUUUGACGUGUUACUAUUGUGUGUCCGUCUAGCUGUGCUGGUGGCAGUUACGUUAACAGUACCCAUUGUACUUUUCCCGAUCCGAACAUCGAUUCAGGAACUGGUAUGUCCGAGAAGGCCUUUCAACUGGAUACGGCACAUUAUAAUCGGAACAAUCCUGCUAAUUUUAGACAACCUUCUUGUGAUAUUUGUUCCAAACAUUCGGGACAUUUUUGGGUUUAUAGGUGCAUCUGCAGCAACAAUGCUUAUCUUCAUCCUCCCGUCAGCCUGUUACAUCAGACUUGUGAAGAAAGAGUCAAUGAAAUCCAUGCAAAAGAUUGGGGCUAUGAUUUUUCUUACUAUUGGCAUUAUCUUUAUGAUUGGAAGUAUGACUCUCAUAGUCAUUGACUGGAUUCACAACUCACCCAGUUCAGGUGGCCAUUAAUGCUACUGAACAGAAACAUUGAUUUCUGCAUUUUACAAUCCACUCCGAAGGACAGAGACUGUGCCAUUCCUCUUUCUUUCUUUCAACAGCAUGAUUCCAGAGAUUUGAGCUAAUGAAGAGUUACAACUAGCUGUUGGCUGUAGAUAACUGAAGAUUAGCUCUUGCAAGGGAUUGCUUUGGUUGAACAUAAGAUGUCUUUGGAUUUCACAGAGAAAAUAAAAUUCCGAAUCAUAGGAUGUGCUGGGAAUAAAGGCACAAUACUUCAGACAAAGCAUGCUUUGACUGCUGACUAUAGUCAGUUUCGGAAAAUAUGUUCCUAUUGCUCAAAUAUUGGAAACCUUUUUGUCUCUGAGGUUGUACAUAAUUUUCAAAUAUUACACCAAGCGUGCGCAUGCAUUUCUAACUUAUAAAACACCUCUGCUAGUGUUAGCCUCAUCUUUUUAGACAUAGAAAUUGCAUCUAGCUGCUACAACAUACAGGGUUGGUAAAGUAAAAGCAUCCCUUUUUUUAAACAGCUUCUUCAUUUUUCAGUUUAGGAUUACAAUUGAUUAAACGGUCUUUCGUUAGAAAGUUUUGCAUGUCUGGAGUAAAGGUCCAGAGCCUUGUUUUGAACUCCUUCUUUACCUCCUCCAAUCCUUCGUUCAUACCAGUUACAAUGCCUGGAAGUAGAAUCAUACAAUCACUAUAGGCCAUUCAGCCCAUCAAGUCCACACCAACCCUCUGAACAGCAUCCCACCCAGACCUACCACCCUACUCUAUCCUUGUAUCUCCCAUGGCUAAUCC